CAAGAAGUCCGGCUUGCAGUGAGGCUGAACGGCUAUGUUUCGUUCCGCCUCUCAACUGCACUGAGAGAUCAGAUUCAGCGAUGGCUCUGCUUCUACUCCUGAUCAUUGCUACGACCUGUGCUGGUAAGCCACCCAAAUGGCCUGCAUGCACGGCGAGUGAGGCAGCCGAAUCGAUUUGCACCCACAAUCUGUGUCUUGUGUCCUGUCUGUAGACGCCCGCAGCAAGAAGGAACGUUGGCAUUAUUCAUCAAGACACAAGGGGAUUCUUACGGCACCGUCCAAAGCAGAUGACCCCCUGAUGGAUGCCACUCUUGUCGAGCAGCAAAUGAAAAGCCGAGGGCUAUACGAGCAACAGAUUCGGCCCGACCCCACCACAGGCGUGCCCCAUGUCGUAUGGACGUUUUGGUUUGGCAAGCCCAUGGUCGGCAAGCGGCUCGAGAGCUUCCGCAUGAUCCAGGAGAACAUCGGGGUGCCUGUGAUGCUUGUGACGGAGACGAACCUGCCGCUGUGUAACUUAUCUCACUUCCCCAUCCACUCGGCUUUCCCCUACCUGUCGGGCCUUCACAAGAGCGACUACCUCAGAUCCUACUUCAUGCACUUUUUUGGUGGUACGGAGAAGGAGAAAAAUGAUUUAUCAUUUCGUUGGUGGCUUGAUGUUCUCCUGCAGGCGGCUACCACGACAUCAAGCCCGAGACGCACUCAUGGGCUGACAAAUUCAACGAGCUCCACGACUCGAACGUCUGGCUGUAUGGCGUUGCUGAGACAAAGGGUGGUGUAGCUUGCGAUGAAGGCUUCUGCGUGAAAGAGCUGUGCACCACCACACCCGCGUCAUGGUGCUCUCAAAACAACUGCUGCCGCACUCUCACGAACGACGAAUAUGCGAAACUGGUCGUGAACUGCGAAUGGAUUAUGCGCCCUCGAACUGAGAUGACUCGCAUCUGGAUCGAGGCCGUCAAGAACGACCUCGAUCAGCAAAUCGACAAUCUCAAAGCCCAUCCAGCUCCCUUUCCGAGAUGCUGCCAGCACGGAGAGAACAACUACCCUUUGGCUUGGGCGCAAUUACAGGGCCAGAAGUUCCACCCGCUGCAGUACAAAUUCCUGAAGCACAUCAAACAAGGUGAGUGACUGGGCCUUCCCGCUGGAUUGUCUGAUCCCUUCUCGUCUCUCUCUACCACUCUUCAUUGUAGGUCUUCUUCCCUGGGAAAAAGGCGGAGAAUAUUUUGGUGAGAAUGAGUACGUUGCCGAGAAUGUCUCUAGAUCGAUGUGAUGUAUUCCACGUGACAUAGCGAGGGCGUGAUGCAUCCGGUCUCAUGUGUGUGUCUCUGAAUUGCUGCUCGAAUGGGGGUGGGAUGGCUUCGACGGGGCAUGAUGAGUGAGACGUAACACGAGAUGGUGCAUCAGUGGCCAGUCAGGUGUACAUGUCUGUCCAGCAGACCUGAUAUGCAUGCACGCAGACACUCUGUCUCGAUUCUGACCUGGUACGGUGGCUGUCUGAACAGUGAAAC